AUGAAAAAGUUACGGGAUGCUGCUAGUGUUAAAAGGAAGAAGACUGUUGUUGAUAUUUCAAAGGAAAAAGGAAAGAAAGUUGUGAAAAGAGACCCAUUACCAAAGGGGAUGAAAUAUGUGAUCAAAACUGUUUCACAUCAUCCUUUGAGGUUUGGCAUUUCGUUCAACUAUAAAGACAUUGCUUGUCGUAUUGGCAAUCGUAUCCCAAGGAUAUGUAACUGGUUUGUUGUUGGAACAAACCCUAAAUUCGAAAAGUUCAUGAAUGGAAUGUUUAGCAAGUAUGUGUAUACCAACAUAAGUCCUACAGUUGAUGAGCUAAAAUGUAUUCAACUACCAAAUCAUGAUGGAAUGGAUUUGAAAGAUUGUGUCAGUUCAACUUUGCCAUCCACAUUUUGUAAACAACCGAUAAAAGUUGAUCAGAAAGCUAAAAUAAUAGCUAGUUCAUUACUUUUGGAUGAUUUUGAUGAUUUUACUACCCCACCACCGCUUGGACUGUUAACUAGGUCAAAGGCCAAGUCUGAUAUAUCAUUGGGACCACCUUCAAAAAGAAGAAAGACAGACGCUGAGCAAAAAGAAUCAGUGACAGAUCAAGAAAAAAUUAAAGGUAGCCCCUCUGUUAAAGAAGUCAAUGAAUCACCUUCUAGCACAUCAAACACAAUUACUGACCCAAAUAAUGAAGAAGCUCCACAUGAACCAUCUCUAAUGGAUUUCGGCGAACAGACACCACCAGCAGAACAAAACCCACCAAUUGUCAAAAGUGGGCGUGAGUCCACAAAAAAAAUUAAUGUGUCUGGAGGAACAUAUCAUGAGCAAGUUUUGAUAAAAGUUGAUAUGAAUGCAAUUGAAUCAUUAGUGAAGACAUAUGUUGACAAAAGAUUUAACAACAUUGAAGUAUUAAUGAAAAAAUAUCAUGGAGAAAUGGAAAAACAACAUGAAGAAAUGAUGUUAGCUGUGAAGGAGAAGCAUGAUGCUCCACAAAAAGUUGUUAUUGAAAUCGAUAGUUCAAAUAAAGAUGUGAAAAAGAAUGAGACACAUGGUGAUGAUUUGGGAACUCCGAAAGAACAUCCAAAGAAUGAAAGUGAAACUGAGGUUAAGAAUGAUGUAUUUCAGCAUUCCAUCGAUAACACCAUAGCUGACUUUUCCUCACCAGUGUCCUGCACUGUGAUAUCAUCUAAAGAAUUUCAGGAAUUCAUAGAUAAUAUCAUAGCUGGCAUGUCCACACCAAUCAUUGCAAUGGAGUCUACCAAUGAUAGUUCAACUGAUGCGUCUCAGGAAUCGAUAGAUAACAUUAUAGCUGGAAUUUCCACACCAGUUGUUGCCAUGAAAAUAAAGUUUGAUGCCAUUAAAACAUGUGCACCAAGAAACAGGAAGCGAACUACAAUAUUCACGUCACCAUUUACAACUGCAUUUGGUUCAAGUUGUAAAGGUAAAGAAUCUGCAACAGUUGAUUUUCCUCGAAAGCAUCCGUUUGAUGGUUAUCUUAUUUCCUAUGAUAUGCCGACGGGACUAAUCGAAGAGUACUGUGAUUGGAUUCAUGUAGAUGUUAUAUUCUACUACCUGUGGAAGAAAUCAAAGCAACAAAAGGAUCAAGAAUAUCGUUACACCAUUGUUAAUUGCUUGGUCAAAACAUACAUUGAUGCGACAUACGAAAGUUACUUUGAGGAUACAGCGAGUGAUUCUCUCUCAAAUCAAGAUGAUUAUACAAAAAUAUUUUUUGUUGCAAGAAAUGAAGAAUCACUGAUAAACAUCAUCAAAGGGUUCAACAUACCAGCUACUUUGCCUUGGCACUUAGUCGAUGAUGUAUACAUUCCUGUGUAUGACUCAAUUUUGUCAUCGCAACAUAGAGAGCCAUCACAUGAGAUCAAAAGGUUAUCUGUGAUGCUGCCAACAUACAUUAGUUACAGUGGAUUACUGGAAAACACUGAACGAACUGUAUGGUCAAGUCUCGAAGCUUACACAGAUAAGAUGAGUAAAGUGGCCGGUGAUUUGAAUGACACCCCAUUUGAUGUUGAAUACAUUGAAGAUAUUGCAUAA